GCCGAGAGUCCUCUGCGUGCGGCUGCCGCGGCCCCUCCACAGCGUCUCUGACAGCCCGGGCGGUGCGACCCGCGACCCUUCUGGCCCCGCGCAGAUACCGCGGCCUCCACCGCGUCCCGAGGAGCGGCCGAGUGCCCUCUCUCGCCUCGGCGCCCGCAUCCGGGGCCAUCCGUCCCGCCGUCGCUGCGGAGGCCGCAUCUGGCGCGCAUCUGGAACCGCCCGGCCGGCCGCGCUGGAGCCCGCGCCCACCCUGGCCCGGCCGCGCCGGGAGCCCUGCCCGGAGCUGGAGCCGCACUUGGAGCCGCGGGCCCGGGGCCCUGAGCCGCGCAGCCGGCGCAUGGUGAACUCGCUGCUGUUCGGGGAGAUGGCCUUGGCCUUCGGCUGCCCGCCGGGCGGCGGCGGCGGGGGCUGCCCUGGCGGGGGCGGCGGCGGCGGGGCCGGGCCGGGUCCGUCGCCGGUGACGGCGGCGCUGCGGGACGACCUGGGCUCCAACAUCCACCUCUUGAAGGGGCUCAACGUGCGCUUCCGCUGCUUCCUGGCCAAGGUGCACGAGCUGGAGCGGCGCAACCGGCUGCUGGAGAAGCAGCUGGAGCAGCAGCAGAGCGAGCGCGAGCGGCGGCUGCGCUACAAGACCUUCUCCCGUGAGCAGGCCGUGCAGACCGGGCCCGAGCUGCUGCGGCCCCCGGCUCCCGGCGGCGGGCACGGCCUCGGCAGCGGCGCGGCGGCCGGCGCCAACGCCAAUGCCGUGGCCCUGGGCGGCCUGCCUCCCGGCGGCGGCUCGCACCCGCAGCACUACGGCCGCCUGCCCGGGACUAUCUGGAGCUACACGCAGGUGCGGCGCACGGGCGGCGGCGGCGUGGAGACCGUGCAGGGCCCCGGCGUGUCGUGGGUGCACCCCGACGGCGUGGGCGUGCAGAUCGACACCAUCACGCCGGAGAUCCGCGCGCUCUACAACGUGCUGGCCAAGGUGAAGCGCGAGCGCGACGAGUACAAGCGGAGAUGGGAGGAGGAACUCGCCAAGCGCAUGAACCUUCAGACCAUGGUGGACACGCUGCAGGAGGCAGCACAGGAGGCUGACGCCAUCCAGGAGGAGAUGAACGAGAAGAUCGAGCGGCUCAAGGCCGAGCUGGUGGUGUUUAAGGGGCUUAUGAGUGACCCCAUGACAGACCUGGACACAAAGAUCCAAGAAAAGGCCAUGAAGGUGGACAUGGACAUCUGCCGCCGAAUCGAUAUCACGGCCAAGCUGUGCGAUGUCGCACAGCAGCGGAACUCGGAAGACGUGUCCAAGAUCUUCCAGAGGCUCUCGAUACCCCCCCGACCUAACGUGCAAGUGUGGGUGCCCCCGAGAGACGGCAAUCAGGUGGUCCCCAAAAAGAAAGAGCGUAAGGUGGCUUCCGAUGAUGACAUCUCCGAGCAGGAUGGGGAGGUGAACCGGUUCUCGGAUGAUGAGGUCGGCUCCAUGAACAUCACCGAUGAGAUGAAGCGCAUGUUUAACCAGCUGCGGGAGACCUUUGACUUUGACGACGACUGUGACAGCCUGACAUGGGAAGAGAAUGAGGACACGCUGCUGCUCUGGGAGGAUUUCACCAACUGCAACCCGACCAUCGACCUGCAGGGCGAGCAAGAGGAAAACUUGGGCAACUUGAUCCAUGAGACCGAAUCCUUCUUCAAGACGAGAGACAAGGAAUACCAGGAAACCAUAGGUCAGAUCGAGCUUGAGCUGGCCACAGCCAAAAGUGACAUGAACCGACACCUGCAUGAAUACAUGGAGAUGUGCAGCAUGAAGCGAGGCCUGGACGUGCAGAUGGAGACCUGCCGUCGGCUCAUCAAAGGCUCCGCAGACAGGAAUUCACCGUCCCCCAGCUCCGUGGCCAGCAGCGACUCAGGAAGUACAGAUGAGAUCCAGGAUGAGUUUGAGCGGGAGGCGGAUGUGGAGCCCAUGGUCAGCUGAUGACUGAGGCCCUGCGAGCCUGGUGGUCUUGGUGAUGGGGCCCUGCCACCUCUCCUCACGGGGCCAGGAAGGCCCCUCGGAGUGGGGUUCAAAGCCGCACCACACAGACUUUCUCUGCCCUCCCUUCUCUGGAGGCCCCGAGGGACUGCUGCUUCCUUCCUUCCUUCCACACCACCAACGGGUGCCCCGUCUCCAUCCCCCACCCACCCAAGGAAUGGUGCUGUCAAUUUCUAUUGUUCUCCACGUUACAAAUGCAGACUUCUGUGCGGACUUUGCAGUGUUAACUGUGCCUUCUCCCUUAAGCUGAGCCACUUUGAGCUCCAAAGAAUUAUUCCUAGCAGGUGUUUUUAUACAGAACUCUAAGCUGAGGGCCGGGCCAACCCGGGCAUGGUGUAAUGUGGUUUCUGCCGUCCGUCCCACCUGCUCCUCUGAUUGGCCAUGGGUUAUGCCCUCCCUUCCUCCUGAGCCAGCCCAGACUGGCCUGGGGCUUGGGGUGCUCUGCCAACCCCCAGGAAAGAGCCGCUUGCCUCUGUGAGCUUUCUAGGCCUGGGUAGGGACUACCCCAAUUUUCUCACUCCCUGAAGGAGAGAAAGGUGGAAGGAAGGGAAGGAAGACACAUUUUAAUUUUUGGGGGGGAUCGAGUGGCAAAGUUGAAGGGACAAGGCACUGUGAGGGGAAGGCGGAGCCUCACUGUGUUUAAACUACUAUGCAAAAAACAAAACAAACAACAAAAGCAGCUUGCCUUAUAUCAUUGUGGAAGGCAGAACCUCUUCUGGGCUCCUGGCUUCCCCCUGGAGCUGGGAAGGAGGCCGGGGUUAGGGUGAUCUGUGUCGCAGCACUGACUGGGUAGUGUGGGUUUGGCCAAGGUUGGUCAUGAGGCCGGGAUUCCUGUGAGGCACUGGCCUGCCUGACCACUUGCUCCCUUCCAGACCUCUGGGUUCAGGGCGGGGGCGGAGGGAUCCUUUAUUGCCCUGAUAACUUGAUGUUCUUCCCUCCCUCGCCAGCCAACAAUAGAGGCUUAGAGAUCUGUAAUUUCUCUGUGAGAAAGUCUGAAGGGGCCAGGCCUGGUCUCUGCUCCCUUCUACCCACCUUGGGUUAGGACUGUCCGGCAGUUGCCUGCUUUUGGCUGCUGGCAGGGCAGGAGCUGGAGUGAGGACCAUCCUCUUUCUGCUCCUGAACACACGUAAGUCUCUCUCAGCAAUUCCCUCGACUGGCCAGUCGGGGUAUUGAUCUGAGCCAGCAUCCCCCAAGACUUGAAUGGCUUGAGUGGGCCUGCGUUGAAGGGCACUGUGUGGCGACCCUCCCCCUUCCAAAUCUCAGCUUGGAGCCAGCUGAGUAGGCUUUGCUUUAUUAUUAUUUUUUAACUUUUCAUACCUACUGCAGUGGGUCUGUUGCCAAUUUUAAUUUUUUGUUGUCCCAGGAGCUCCCUCUAGUGGUCAAGGUAGCAAAAUGUGCCCAAGGACUAGAACUUGAGUCCCUCUGCCUUGUCUGGAGGCAGAGGGGGCUCUGGGUUUGACUGGGAUUGUGGUCCCCAGGGGUCCAUGACCUUUAAAGCUCUUCUCUCUUUUCUGUUUCCCCCACCUGUGUUACAGUCUUAAAAGUACUGUACAUAAUAGAUAUAUGUAGAGAGAGAGAGAGAGAGCGUGGGAAUGUGUUAGUGACUACGUGUGGUGUAAUUUAUCACGAUUUGGUGGCCUUCGUCAUGAGUUUUUUCCUUUGUUUUCUUUUGCUGGGGGCACCUCCCAUGGGUCCCCUGCGGCAGUCUGGCUGUGACGCUUCCAUAGUCAGCAUCUCUUGUUAGCCAAACAGUUCCCUUUGGCAGGUACUUGGAGGGACAGUGGUUUUGGAAGAGAGACGGCCCUUCUCUCUCCUCACUGACCCUUGUUCUAAAGGUUACAGGGUUCAAACAUACCUGAUUCUUGUUGUUAUUGUUGUUGAAUUUUUAUUUUAACCAAAGGUUAUCAGAGCCAGUUGGGCUUGGACCUCAGCUGCUAAAAAGAUUUUCCGUUUCCACGAGGGCAGGAAAACAUCCACCCUCGCGGGUCUCCUCCAUCCAGGGCUGAGGGAGGGUCGGACAAUGUGGUGUGGGAGUUUCGUGGGCAGUGUGGAAGCCAGCCCUGGGUUGUUCCCCAAGGUGGUGGGAGGGUGACAGAUAUAUCUUUAGACUUAAGACUGUAAGGCAGCAGUGUUAGCAUUGGAGUAACUAAGGUUACUGUGGUGAUCGGUGUCCGGCGGUAUUAUUUUUACUUUCCUCCUUGUAUACAUAGGUCAUUUGUCUUUGAGGACUAGGGUACUCUAGGGAGUUUGAAAACUGCAGGAGCCAGAAAGAGAUCCUGGCCUGAGAGUCCCUUCCAGCUGGCUUUUAAUAUCUGCUCUCCUCUUGGGAGUGAGGACUUGGGGCAGGUGGGUGGGAGAGGGAAAGCCACAGUGUGAUGGUCCUGCCGCCUGGGCUGGUUCCUGGGUCCGGCCUGCCUGACUGCCUGCCUCUCCACCACAUGCUUUUUUCAGUUAAUGCCAGUGGGCCCUGCUUGUCCCCUCACCAUGAGCCCACAGCUUGCCAAGAAAGACCCCAACGCUCACUGGGGCAGCACCAGUCCUAGCUGGGACGAAUUGGUCCAUCCUUUGUAAAGCUGUAAAUACUUAAUUUUGACUUUCUAUUUCUAAGCCCAGUGUCAUAUUGACACUGGUAUUUUAGAAUUGUUCUCAGAUGGGCUCUCCUGCGCUGCCCUCUGUCUCCUAUUUUUGGGGGUUUUAUACAAACAGAGGAUUGGGGAGGGAUAGGAAGACUAGCAUCCUUUUGGCUCCCUGGUUGGUUGUGAAAUACACACACACACACACACACACACACACACACACUCACUCCUCUGAGACUCCGAACAGAGAAAAAAAUUAUUGGCAAGUCAACACAUUUUUCCUUCUUGUCUUGAGAAAAUGUCUUGAGGCCAAAUCCAUCGUGGACUAACUCUGUGUGUAGAGCUCAGAUGACCUAGGGAGAAUUAAACCACUUACACUUGGAAUGGGAGGAGAGGGGGUGGGGUGGGGGAGAAUAUAAGAUGUAACUUAAGCUAAAUGUAAUCUAUUUAUAAAGCAAGAGACUCUCAUCUAUUUUUAUGAAAGGAAGGGUUUUUUAAUCUAGGGUAGGCAGUUGUGGCAGCCCAGCAUUUUCCUGUGUACAAGACAUGGUGCAUGUUGUUGCUGGAUUGAAUGGAACCCAUUCCUGUCUCCUGGCCUCAUCUUCUGUCCUCAUUUUUGGUCAUCCACACCCAUAAGCAGCUUCAGCAGAGUGUACGUCCCACUUUACCCCAUUCUCCUCUCCUCUGACCCCUCAGCACCUUGGAAGUCUUGGGGCAGGGAUCUGAGGGGGUGGGUGGGCUGCAGGAAAUUCAGAAAUGUGGUGGGUGGGGGAAGGGACAAGGCGCAUUAGGGAGGGAACAAGCUGGGCUCUGGGGGUGGGCUCUGAUUAAUUAGUUACUCUGACUCUGGUCUGCCGAGAUCCAUUUCCAACCCAGCUGCGUUGGGAGAGAGUUGGGAGGCAGCAGAGCAUGGGUGACAGUGGGAGCACAUGACUUCCUUGGAGUCUGGCCCUUCGCGGGUCCCAGGUGGUCAGGCAGCUGGAGCAGGAGUGGAAAUGGUGUAAGAUGCUCACAGCCCAGCCCUGGCUGUGUCUACUCCAGGCCAAGCCUGGGCUGCAGUCCUUGCUGUUUUCCCCCCAGGGCCCUGGGCGGGAGGGAUCAGGGUGCUGGGGGUUUCCUAGGACAGGGGUCUUCCCCCUGGAGACACCAAGCUCUGGCUCUAGAAGAGCUCUUUCCCGGAGUGGGGAGUCUGGAGGGGACUGGGUGGGUGCAGGUAAAGCCGGAUUCUCUCUGGAAGGGAAUUUUCUGUGAAUGGUUGAUUUCCAGGCUCAGGGUGGGCUGUGUGUUAGUUCUGGGCAAAUCCCUCACCAAGACCCCUCCCUCCCAAGCCCUCAAAGAAACGAGGCAGAGCCCUUCCCUGCAAGACCCCUUGUGGACGUUUUUGCAUCUACCUGAUUUUUAGCCCCAUCCUGGGAGACUUUAUACCCCAUGAUUCCAUCCUGCCCCACCGUUGCUGUUGUCUGCCAGCUGGGUCUAGCAUCACAGGGAAGGGGGGGAUUUAUACUCAUGGAAAGACUACUGAUCCUACCGGAAACCAACCUGUUUACUGUACUGUUGUAAAUAUCAUGCCCUUUAUAUCCUGUAUAUUGGCUUCUUUUAAAUAAAGUGAAAUGUCUUAGAACUGA